AUUAGUGUUGUAUCGGCCUCCUGAAAAAGGGCCUGGGCCUAGAUCUAGUUAGAAGAGUUUUCUUUUUCAGAGCAUGGUGGUGACACAGUACCUAUUUAAAUGUUUUUGCCUUAUACACUAUUUGGUCUUGCUGUUAAUAACAGAUUUAUUAUCAUGUAUAUUUACUAUUGAAGAUUGAGAAUGUGAUCCUCAUAGUUAUUGAUCUAUUUUGUAUGUUGUAAAAAGCUUGUAAUACAGGUUUAAGGUGGGCUGGCUGCAAGAGCACUAAAGCUUCUCACCUUUUAAACUGCUCUUUUUAUCUGCUUGUGAGACUGUCGUCUCUUCAGUGGAAGAUUGGGUGGUCUCAUGUUGAGGCUGUUGCCCAGUCCCAUUAACUCCCUUGCCCCCUCCCAAAGGAAGAGACAUUGCCCAGUUAAGCAUCAGGAAUCUGUGGUGUUAAAAGCCCUUGUGUGGGUUGGGUUUUGUGGUAUUUUUCCCUGGUGGGAAAACAUAGUUGAUUCUUACCGCUCUGUCUGGUAAGGAGGGCCGCGGCCUCCAGGUUUUUAAAUGAGCUAAAUGCCUCUCUUCCCCCUCUCCCUGGUCACCAAACCUGGACCAGAGCACUUUGAUAUUCCACGUGUGAUUUUCUUUAGUGUGGGGAUUUACUCCAACUACUGCACAAAGCCACGUCAUUUCCAUAACCUGGGUCUCCAGAGUGAGAGUGCUACCCUACCUGAUGGAUGUGAGGCUGCUCCAUCCCGGCCCUCCCAGUUGGCAAAGACAAGGAGACUAGUCACUGGCCGUUGCACUGGGGGAAUCUCUUCACCCCACAGCCUCCCAACUUGAAACCCAGAUUUACCUCCAGGGAGAGCUGUGUUGCCAUUAUGCCUCGAACCCGAUCCCAGUCACAGGCUACCAUCAAUUUUCCCAAAAAGAAGUUGUCUCGGACAUUGGACAAAGCUAAAAACUGUAGUGACACCAAACUAGAACCAACACGUGUCCAGGCUAUACCACGUUCUCCUUGUGAAAAAAUUCUGCCUCUCAGCCCCAGAAAACGUCUAGGUGCUGACAACCUGUGCAACACUCCCCGUUUACCUUCCUGUUCUCCACCAAAGCAAGGCAAGAAAGAGAAUGGUCCCCCUAGCUCACAUAUGCCUAAGGGGCGCAAACUGGUAUUUGACAAUCAGCGGACAGUUAAGUCUCCUAGCAAAAGAGAACAAGCCAGCAUUCACCGAAACAAAAUACUUUCCUCGGUUCGAAAAGGUCAAGAGAUUACAACAAAUUCUGAGCUGAGAUGUCCACUGGAGAAAGAAUCUGAAUGUAUAGGACUAUUCAAACAAGAAGGCUCUUGCUACCAGCAAGCAAAGCUGGUCCUGAAUACAGCUGUCCCGGAUCGGCUGCCUGCCAGGGAAACGGAGAUGGAUGUCAUCAGGAGUUUCCUAAGGGAGCACAUCUGUGGAAAAAAAGCUGGAAGUCUUUAUCUUUCUGGUGCUCCUGGAACUGGAAAAACUGCCUGCUUAAGCCGAAUUCUGCAAGACCUCAAGAAGGAACUGAAAGGCUUUAAAACUAUCAUGCUGAAUUGCAUGUCCUUAAGGAGUGCGCAGGCUGUAUUCCCAGCUAUUGCUCAGGAGAUUUGUCAGGAAGGAGUAUCCAGGCCAGCUGGGAAGGACAUGAUGAGGAAGUUAGAAAAACAUAUGACUGCCGAGAAGGGCCCCAUGGUUGUGUUGGUGUUGGAUGAGAUGGAUCAGCUGGACAGCAAAGGGCAGGAUGUAUUGUACACACUGUUUGAAUGGCCAUGGCUAAGCAACUCUCGAUUGGUGUUGAUUGGUAUUGCUAAUACCUUGGAUCUCACAGACAGAAUUCUGCCUAGGCUUCAAGCUAGAGAAAAAUGUAAGCCACAGCUGUUAAACUUCCCACCUUAUACCAGAAAUCAGAUAGCCACUAUCUUGCAGGAUCGACUUAAUCAGGUGUCUAGAGAUCAGGUUCUGGAUAACGCUGCAAUUCAGUUCUGUGCUCGCAAAGUCUCAGCUGUGUCAGGAGAUGUUCGCAAAGCGCUAGAUGUUUGCAGACGAGCUAUUGAAAUUGUAGAGUCGGAUGUCAAAAGCCAGACUAUCCUCAAACCACUGUCUGAAUGUAAGUCAUCCUCUGAGGCUCUGGUUCCCAAGCGGGUUGGUCUUACUCACAUAUCCCGAGUUAUUUCAGAAGUUGAUGGUAACAGGAUGACUUUGGGCCAAGAAGGAGCACAAGAUUCCUUCCCUCUUCAGCAGAAGAUCUUAGUCUGUUCUUUAGUGCUCUUGAGCAGGCAGUUGAAAAUCAAAGAGGUCACUAUGGGGAAGUUAUAUGAAGCCUAUAGUAACGUCUGUCGAAAACAGCAGGUGGCAUCUGUGGACCAGUCAGAGUGUUUGUCACUUUCAGAGCUCUUGGAGGCCAGGGGCAUUUUAGGAUUAAAGAAAAACAAGGAAGCCCGCUUCACAAAGGUGUUUUUGAAGAUUGAAGAGAAGGAAAUAGAGCAUGCUCUGAAAGACAAAGCUUUCAUUGGAAAUAUCUUAACUACUGGAUUGCCUUAAAUUCUCCUCUUAACUCUUAAUACCCCAUCCAAAAAUAUCCAUCUGGCAUUUAGAGAGCUACAGAGGUUCAUUUUAAUACUUUAUUUUCAGAUCUGAAAACAAAUAUGACCUUUUUACUUGAAACCAAUUAAUUUUAAUCUACAAAUCUGUGAGUAUUGGCACAGAAUCAUAUCUUUGGGUCUUUUUAUUUUUACCCAUAAAAAUGACCAAGUAGACCCUUUUUAAUUACUUUGACUACCUCUACCACUUUUGUGUCUCCUACCAAUAUACUUGCAAGUAUACAGAUUUGUGUUGUGGAAUGUACACGUAUUUACCUCUUAAUUUCCUCAAACAUCAGUAUAUUUUGUUAAGAAAUUUGGGGAUAGAGUAAGAACAAUGAAAAAGGAUGACUCAAGAAAAUAAGUCCACAUGGAGAUUUGGAGGACAUUUUGGUCAAAUAAUUUAUUUCUUUUUGGAGUAUACUGAGUUCACAUUGCAGAUACUACCACACUGUGACAUUUUAAAGACUUGUUGAGUUUCUUGGGCACUCCCAAGAUUGUGGGGGUGGUUAAGGAGAAUGUAACAUUCGAUUGUGAAUAUAUUUAUUUUCAAGUUGCAUUCUUUGUCUUUCUAAGCAAUCACUUUUUUUUUUUUAAAUUUCUUUUAUUGUACUUAAGGUGAAGGUUUACAGAACAAAGUUUCUCAUUAA